AUGACGUGCAAGGGGAUGAUUGCCUUUGUGAAAGCUUGGGAAGACACAUGUGGAGACAGCGGAGAAAAAGGCACACCAACUUUAGCUGUUCCCGGUGGGAAGAAGUUUAGACUAUCUCCUGUCGCUUUCAAAGGCCCAUGCAAGUCUUCAAGCAUUAACGUUCAGAUUGAUGGGACUUUAGUUGCUCCUAGUUCACUAAGUGGUUGGAAAGGCUGCUCUUCGGGUAAAUGGUUGAAUUUCCAAGACGUGGCCAAUCUCAAUGUCAAAGGAUCAGGACAAGUCGAUGGCCAGGGUUCACCUUGGUGGGAUGGAGCUGAGGGACCGGAUGGCUGCGAGAAUAGACCAACUGCCUUGGCCUUUUCUCAGUGCGUCAAUCUGGUCCUAAGUGGACUGAAGCACGUUAACAGUCCAAGGAACCACAUCUCCAUCAGUGGUUGUGAUAAUGGUAUCGUCUCCAAUCUCCAAAUAACCGCACCUGAAAGUAGCCCUAACACAGAUGGAAUCGACAUUUCUCACACCAAUAACCUUGACAUUCACGACCUGGACAUUCAAACAGGGGAUGAUUGCAUCGCUAUAAAUGGUGGCUCCAGCAACAUUAGUAUCACCAGAGUUUCAUGUGGACCUGGCCAUGGUGUAAGUAUCGGAAGCUUAGGAAAGAAUGGAGCUUACGAGACAGUCGAGCAGGUACAAGUGCGGGAUUGCAGCUUCAGUGGAACUACGAAUGGAGUGAGGAUCAAGACUUGGCAGGCAUCCGGCGUGGUGGUGAGCGACGUGACUUUCACCGGUUUUCGAGGGAGCAGUGCUUCAGACCAAGCCAUCAAACUCAGCUGUUCGAGCGUAGGUUGCUCGGAUAUCACAUUGGACAACGUCCAAAUAACAUCAUCGAAGCCUGGAGAUACGGUCACUGCCUCGUGUGAGAAUGCCCAUGGAUCGGCUACUUUGACCACACCUCCUGUGCGUUGCUUAGGUAGUUAG